UGGAAAACGGUGGAAAAUAGUUUGACAGCAGGAGAGCCGAAGAGAUUAUUGUCGCUGUUUGGUUCUCCGUUUAUCCAAGCAAGAUGUUUUCUACUGAGCAAAGUUGUUGGUUUAUCCGCAAGGUUGUUUGCUGGAGAGCGGUGGCCAGUAUUGCUUGGGCUGUUCUGUUGUUGCUACCCAUCACAGCAAUUUUUGUAAUCCUCAGCAGGUUCAGUCUGCUCCACCCCAUUCAGACGUCAUCAGAAUGCCUGUCCUUCUUAACAUGUGCAAGUGCCAUCUUCUCAUUGAUCCUGAUGUGUGGAGUGAUCAUCAUGGUGGGGUUCCUGAACUUGGAGUAUUAUACAGUCAUCCCAACUAUUGCAUGCUCAAAAAUGGCCCUGUUGGGUCAGCUGCUCCACCCUCGUCAGUUUGUGAACUCCCUGGCCCACUGCAUCAUGGGAAUAAUCGUUGCUUGGUGCUGUGCCGGCACUAUCGGGGGCAGAUAUGAGACGAUCGGCUCCCCUUGCACACAGGGUGAUGGCACUGACAGUUCCCCUCAGAUGUGUCUGAAUGAAUAUCACCUCAUCCUUCUGUUGGCUGGAGCCUUUGUUGGAUUCUCUCACAGUCUGCUUGGUGUUAUCUCCAACAUUAACUAUGUCUCUUUUCACACUGUUCAGCAAUACAAAUACCUUCGUUUUAAAGGAUCCCUAUCUUUUGUGGUGAAGUGCAGCGCUGCUCAAGCACUUUACUCGGUCAGGAACUACAUUGUUGUGUAUUUCUUUUUGGGAUAUAUUCCAAAAGCAUGGAUUUGUAAAACACUAAAUCUUCAUUUGAACAGCUCUGUUCACCCUCUGGACAGCAUAGCUGGACUGCUGGACCUCUCCCUGCUUUACCACCAGUGGAUCAGUGCCGGCUUCCUUCUCUUCACAUGGAACAUCACACUGCUGCUUUUUAGGAUAUUUGUCACUGAGGUGUACAGUUUUCCUGUGCAGUCAUCUUUUACGGAGGAAGCCCAUCAGUGUCUCCCUAAAGUUCUUACAGACAAGCAACCAAUGAUACUGAAGUUCCUCGCUCUGCAGGACGUUGCUCUGCUGUCUCAACAGUCCCCAUCAAGACGCUGUGAGGUCUUCAGUCUGAGUCAGCCAGGUGGCCAUCCUCACAACUGGAAUGCCAUCAGUAAGGAGUGUCUGUCUCUGCUGACUGAUCUGACCCAGAGACUCGUAGCAUACCAUGACACUGUAGCAACCAAUGGCAGGGCCAAGUCGCUGUCUACUGGGAGUGAUAGGAAGACUUCCUCUGAGACGUCAUUUACCUCAACCCCAGAAGAUCUGAUGAGCCCGAGGCCCACUUUACUGCUGAGAACUCCAGCUUCUGUCUUUGCACGCUCCUUUGUUGGCAACCCGCACAGCCCUCUGACGGCCCCAUUCACUCCUGACCUGGACAGCCCUUUUUCUUCUCCUGCCCUGCGCCGUCUCACUGCCCCUUUAGACCAAUGCUCGCCGUGGUUUGGAAUGGUGCAAAGCCCACACAUCAUGAGGAGAGCCCCAAAGCUCUGGUCCACCCCCACAGAUUCAGAGGUCAACGGCAGUCCCCCGGCAUCCCCAGCCUCAGUUCCCAGUCCCAAGCAGGAGUCGUUCAAACCAAGUCGCCUGGCGCUGUUCCUUCAGAACAGAAAAGAACAGGUUAAAAAUUUCUUGGCAAAACGCGUGCUGAUAAUGUAUUUGUUUAACAAGCUUCCAGAAGCCUCCAGUCAAGCUCUGUUUGCAGACAGCCAGGCUCACAUCUGGGCUUUAGAAGGGCUGUCUUACCUUGUGCAAGCCUCCUUCUCAGAAGACCAGUUUGGUGUUGUACAGACUACAUUACCCAGUAUUCUCGGUUGCAUGCUGGUCUUACAAGAGGCAGUAGAUCGACACUUCAAGCUGCCUCACGCCUCCAGUAAACCCGUCCGGUCGGCCAGCGGCAUGGGAGACUCCGCCUACAAGACACUGCGCUUUGCUCUCAGGGCCACUCUCAAGACUGCCAUCUACAGGAUAACAACCACUUUUGGAAAUCACUUAAAUGCUGUUCAGAUGUCUGCAGAGCACCGGAAAAGAUUGCAGCAGUUUCUGGAGUACAAGGAAUAACACCACUGACGCUCUUGUGUUGUCAGAUUCUUCUCGUGAUGUGUGUGUGUGUGCGUGCAUAUUAGCAGAAUUGAGGCAACAAGUGAAAGCCCAUGACAGUGCCUCUUUUAAUAUGUAUGUCUGCACCAUGUCAGUGCGGAUUGUAUCCGAUAGGCUAGAUCACAUCUCCACCAUGCGCGCGGCGCGGGCUUCCUGCCCACCUGACGCACUGAAACAGGUUGGAAGCCCAACUGUGUUUGAGAGAUUUAAACUAGCUCACUGUAUCGAUGAGCAACUCGUCCCAAAGACAUUUGCUUUAUUUGUAUUACCAUGAAGUCGUAUCGAGUCAUAAUAAUUAUCAUAUAAUAAUAAUCAUAUUUUACUUUCAUAAAUUGGGAUGAGUUGUAAAGGGUUAUUUGCGCUACAUUGGUUCUAAAUCAUGUACAUGUUCUUUUGGUCUCACACUCCAUCGGCUGUCUUAUGGAAUCGCCAUCGUUGCGAUUUCAAAGCAUUUAGUAUUUUUGCGUGAGGAGUAAGACGGAUGAGAUGUCAGUGAUGAGAAAGAAGCCGUGUCCUCGAGUGUCACAAAGUGUCUGAAAUGUGUUCUGGAAAUACAUAUAUUUUUUUUUACAACUGGUUUUGUUCUAAACACCAGCCUGGAGAACGAGUUUACUGUUAUCUGUGCGAAUCAGUUCAGGUUCUCCAACUAUAAAAUGCACCAGUCAGACGCGACUGUUUGUACAUGUCAA